UGUGAAUUCGUGAUUCAUAUCACACUCUCGCAGCUGAUCGAGGACAAAACACGUCGAGCAAUAUAAACAGAUUCGUGAAAGUUACAAGAAACUGUUUGUCAGUUGUUUAUUUAUUAGUUACGUCUAAUUUUCUGAGUGAACUGUGUUAUAAUUAUUAACAGAUAGCAGAAAAAUAUAGUAAACAUGAGCGGCCGCGUGCAAACCGUUCUGGGCGCCGUGUCUCCGGACGUGCUCGGGCGCACGCUCACGCACGAACACUUGUCCAUGGAGUUCACUCACUUCUACCGCCGGCCGCCCGCCGCCCUGGCCUCCAAGUUCCCCGCCAAGCAUAUCUCGCUGCAGUCAGUCGGCUACCUGCGCCAGUACCCCUACUCCUCCAAGUACAACCUCACUCUCAAUGACAAGGACACGGUGCAGGCCGUGCUCAAUGAUGUCAAGAUGUUCAAGGAGUCUGGGGGAGGCACGAUCGUGGAGAACUCCGCCGAAGGCUUGGAUCGCGACCUGUCGUUCCUGAAGCGGGUGUCGACAGAGACCGGCGUGCACGUGGUCGCGGGCACUGGCUACUACAUCGCCGAUACACAGCACGAUGAUUCUCUUCAUAGAACUACUGAGGAAAUGUACAAGCGUAUGAUGGCAGACCUGACGGAGGGGUGUGUGGAGGACAAGACUAUCAAGGCGGGCUUCAUCGGGGAGGUCGCCAGCGUUUGGCCCAUCAGAGAGUUCGAACGGCGAGCGAUCGUGGCGACAGGCGAGGUGGUAGAGCAGCUCGGCGUGGGCGUGAGCUUCCACCCGCACCGCAACCCCGACGCCCCGGCCGAGAUCAUCCGCAUCUACCUCGAGGCCGGGGGCCGGGCCGACCGCGCCGUCAUGAGUCACCUCGACCGCGGAGUUCGGCGGGCACGGCUACUCGCACAUCCUCAACAACGUGAUGCCGCGCAUGAAGUCCCGCGGCUUCACUCAACAAGAUAUCGACCUCGUCACCAUACAGAACCCCGCGAGGUGGCUCGCCAUACAGAACUAAUUCUAAUAUUUGCCAUUUUACCCAUUAGCCAGCAGCUGAAACAAUAUCCCGUGCCGCCUCGCGCCUCGCGCCCGGUGGCGAAGGGACGCCUUAGUUGUAGUUGUUUGACACGAGAUACGAGUCAUGUAUGAACAUUCCAGUUGGAAAGUUCUUAUUUGCACAUAAGCAUCGCUUUUAGAUCCCCGCCACCAGCAAGAAGCGCAUGAAAAAUGAUAAUAUAUAAAAAAUAAUUAAAAUGAGCAAAAGAUAUAGAAUUUAUCAGAAAGUAUUUUUUACUCAAUGUUUUAUAUUAAUUAUGAUAAGAUUGAUAUGUUUAUUAUAUACAUAUUCAAGAUAAAAAAAAAGAAAAAAAAAAAGAAAAAAAAUAAGGAAAAAACGUAAAUAAUAGCUUAAUACCCAGUGGCGUAGCGUGAUGGGCGAAAUCGCAUCUGCGAGGUUCUUUUCUUUCACUGUGUCCGAAGGGGCCUCGCGCGGGGCCCCCCUUAGGAGCGCCUUCGCCUACGCCUAGCUACGCCACUGACUAUACCUAUACCAGAACUAAUAUUAUAUAAUCUGUGCCUAUACAGUUUUUAAAUUAUAAUUGAGU